UGGGGUACCUCCCCUCACAUCCGCUGCGCCAGCCUCCUGCUAGUACCCAAGAUGCUGGGCAAGGAGGGCCGGCUCUUUGUGCUGGGAUAUGCCUUGGCCGCCAUCUAUGAGGGACCAGUGGCCAACCUGCGGCACAACCUCAAUGAGGUGAUAGCAUCGCUCGGCUGCACUGUGGAGCUACAGAUCAACAACACCCGCUCGGCUUGGCGUGUCUCCACAGCCCCCCUGCGGGCAGUGUUCAAGGACCUGCUGAGCAGCAAAGAGUCAUUGAAAGCCAAGACUCAGAACAUCACCAACACCUUUGAGGAACUGGAUGCCCAGGUGAGCAGUGAGAGUGGAUAUGCGCCCGAGGAUGCCGAGGGCUCGGAGGAGACAGCCCCAGGCAGAGAGACCCUCCGCGCCUCAGCCUUCAGACACCGCCUCUCUACACAGAAGAUGUAUGAGCUGAAGACCAAGCUGCGUUGCUCCCAUGUGGUGAACAAGGCCAUGAUAAACUGCCGCCGCUGGUUUGACCAAAAGCACAGAGAGUGCCUUCAACGCAUCUGGGUCCCACUGCUCAACCACCUGCUCUGCCUGCCCAUGAAGUUCAAGUUCUUCUGUGGCAUUGCCAAGGUGAUGGAAGUUUGGUGCCGUAGUCGCAUCCCAGUAGAAGGCAACUUUGGGCAGACCUAUGACUCCCUCAAUCAGUCUAUUCGCGGCCUGGAGGGGGAAUUUUCAGCCACUAUUAACCUCAAGGAAGAGAAGCGGGCUGGGGUGCUGGGCCUCAACACGAGCUGGGAACACGUGAGCACCGAGGUGCGGGACUACGUGAGACGCCAGGAGGCCCGGCUCGAGUGGAUCCUGGGGCUGCUGCACGUGCUGCUCUCCUGCACCUUCCUGUUCGUCCUCCACGCGUGCUUCUCCUAUGUGGACAGCUAUAACGGGGACAUCCGCUUCGACAACAUCUACAUCAGCACCUACUUCUGUCAGAUCGAUGAACGCAGGAAGAAGCUGGGCAAGCGGACUCUGCUGCCACUCCGCAGCGCUGAGAAGAAAACCGUCAUCUUCCCCUGGGACCCCACUAUCCAGGCCACAGAAAUGAGAAAUGUGAUGAAGGAGCUCAUGGAGACACUGCCCGUGCUGCUGCUGCUACUACUGCUGUGUGGCCUGGACUGGGCUCUCUACUCCAUCUUCGACACCAUCCGCCACCACUCCUUUGUGCAGUACUCCUUCCGCAGCAGUCAUAAACUGGAGGUGAAAGUCGGGGGAGACUCCAUGCUUGCCCGGCUUCUUCGGAAUACCAUCGGAGCCCUGAACACCUCCUCGGAGACGGUGGUGGAAUCCAACAACAUGCCCUGCCUGCCCCAGCCCGUGCCCCUGAGUACCAGGGCCUAUUUGAGGGCUGCACUACCAAGUGGCCUGCUAGUGUGUCUCUGCCUGCUCCAAGCUUUCAGCUACCGGCUCCGGAGGGUCAUCGUAGCCUUCUACUUCCCCAAGCGUGAGAAGAAGCGGAUCCUUUUCCUCUACAACGAUCUCCUGAGGAAGAGAGCAGCCUUCACCCAACUGAGGAGGGCCACCAUCGUGAGACGGGCACGACAGCAGAGGGCUCCUGUAAGUCCAGAACCUCAGUUUUUUCCUCUGAAGAAUGGGGAGUUUGGACAGAUCUGUAAGGCCUGCUCACUAGAGAUCAGUAUAGAGUGGUGGUCAGGUGUGGGGCUCUGGUGCCAGAGAGCCUAGGUUUGAAUCCUGGCUCCUCCCCUUAUUACUAUGACAAUUGUGUGAUCUUGAACACACAUAAAUG